UUCAGUUCAAGUACUUUUUACUAUAAUGAUAAAAGUGAAUCUUGGUAAUACUGAUUGUUUUGCGUAGGUUAUACGUUGGAAACUGUUUACAGUUUCAAACCAUCUGAGUAGAGUUUCUUUCGUGGGUUUUCUGUUUUUUUUUUUUAAUAUUCAGAUUUUGUUGUACUAGAAGUUAGUUCUAUACUCAACAAAUAAAUAUGGGGGACGCUAAUAUUAUUGAUAAAUCUAUGAGAUCGGUGUUCGUGGGUAAUAUUCCUUAUGAAGCCACAGAAGAAAAAUUGAAAGAUAUAUUUAAUGAAGUUGGGCCUGUUCUCUCAUUCAAACUAGUUUACGAUCGGGAAACUGGAAAACCCAAGGGCUAUGGUUUUUGUGAAUAUAAGGAUCAAGAAACAGCUCUCAGUGCUAUGAGGAAUUUAAAUGGAUAUGAAAUCGGUGGACGCUCUUUGAGAGUUGAUAAUGCGUGUACAGAAAAAUCCAGAUUAGAAAUGCAAAGUCUCUUAGCUGGACCACCAAUUGAUAAUACAUAUGGGGAGUCAGUGGAAUCUGAUAAGGCACCGGAAGCUAUAAGCAAAGCCGUUGCUUCAUUACCCCCAGAGCAAAUGUUUGAGCUAAUGAAACAGAUGAAGCUUUGUAUACAAAACAAUCCUACAGAAGGUAAAGCAAUGUUGUUACAGAAUCCUCAGCUAGCGUAUGCUCUUUUGCAAGCCCAGGUCGUGAUGAGGAUAGUAGAUCCACAGAUUGCUAUCACAAUGUUGCACAAGGCCAACCCAAGCGUACCUCCUCUUCAGCCGCCUCCUGUCGAGGCAAUACGGCCUGUGCCUGUGCCACAGCCUGCUCCAGCUGUCGCACCGCCUCCAGUUGUACCGCCAAUAGUGCAGACGAGACCUGUCGUGGAACCGGAGUGGGUACCUCCGGCUAGGCCGCAUCAACCACCUCAUCCACCAACAUUCAUUCCUCAACCAGGUGGUGAUUUAGAUAUGAGAACAUUGGACCCGAGGGUACCACCGGUGAGAUUGAAUCAAGACCAAGACUUGAGGAUACCUCCGAUGGUUCCAGCGCCUCAGCAGCCUCCGGCUCAGCCUCCUCAGCCAUACCCUCAGGAACAUGUGAUAUCAAGUACUGUUCGGGAUCCAAGACAGUAUCGUGAUCCUCGCACAGGUGCAGCACCUGUUCCCGUCCCGCCAAGACCGGUUGUUGCCCAGGCAGUGGUGCCACCACGACCUGUAGCGCCUCCACCCAGUCAUAUCACAUCAGCGCUUCCUCCUGCGGCUUCAGACCAGGAGAAGGCUGCCUUAAUAAUGCAAGUACUACAACUUUCCGAGGAACAGAUAGCAAUGCUCCCACCGGAACAGCGUCAGAGCAUCCUUGUGCUCAAAGAACAAAUAGCCAAGAGCACUCAACGUUGAUUGAUUGCUUUUAGUUUUAGUCCCUACAGCUUUACAAGAGGGUGAAGCUGUAGUCCAAGAAUUAUUUCAAUAUGUAUAUUAUAUCUAGAAAUGAGUCAAGUAAUUAAAAAAAAAACAACUUAAUAAAU